UGGACUGGCCAGCAUAGCCUGAAGUCUUCCGCUGUCAUUCGCUGGACGCUGUCAAUUGGUUCAGGGUGAAGGCGCGGAACCAAUAAGAGCCCCGAUUCUAGAGCUUGGAGCGCGCGGGAAAGAGACCCAUUUAAGCUUUGGCGGGACCGUCAUUUUUCGUGUCUUUGUCCAGUUGAGACAUCUGGGGAGUCGGUGAGAGUUGUCUAUUCCGGUGUAAGCAUGGUGCGGACCAAAGCAAACUGUGUCCCGGGAGCCUACAGAAAAGUGGUGGCAUCUCGAGCCCCCAGGAAGGUGCUUGGCUCCUCCACAUUUGUCACCAAUUCUUCCUCGUCUUCAUCAAGGAAAGGUGAAAAUAAGUAUGCAGGAGGGAAUCCAGUUUGUGUGCGCCCAACUCCCAAGUGGCAAAAAGGUAUUGGCGAAUUCUUCAGGCUGUCCCCUAAGGAGUCUGAAAAAGAGAACAAGGUUCCUGAAGAAGCGGGAAGCAGUGGCUUAGGAAAAGCAAAGAGAAAAGCGUGUCCUUUGCAACCUGAUACAGAUGAUGAAAAUGAAUAGAACUUACUCGUCUGAGUAAUGUCUUCAGUUUACUUAUAUAUUCUAGGAUGUAAAUUUGGGUAGAUGUGUUUGUUUAAUUGGCUUGUUGAAUAGGCAUUUAAUUAAAGAAUGAGGCUAAAAUCUAGCCAUUGAAAAGCAACUGGCUAUAAAAAUGGAUAAUUUUUAUAAUUUGUAAAUUCUAAUUGCAUACUUGCAUCUAUAAUGUCAUAUUCUGCUUCUUUCACCAAUUAAGCUUCUUGCAAAAAUCAAUAUUACAUGAUGCUCUAAUUACUAAUUUACUGUCUUUGAGAUUUGCUUAGAUCUUUGUACUGAUGCCAUUUUAUGGGCACUGAUUAUGGAAAUAGUGCCAUACUGUUACGGCUUAUUUGCUUAAAAAUGUUGACUUAGUCCUUUUCACAUUAAAAAAAAUUCAGUAUUGAAUAAAUCUAAUAUCUUGGGCUGGAGAGAUGGCUCAGAGGUUAGGAGCACUGGCUGUUCUUCCAAAGGUCCUGAGUUCAAUUCCCAGCAACCACAUGGUGGCUCACAGCCAUCUAUAAUGAGAUCUGGUGCUCUCCUCUGGUGUGCAGGCAGAACACUGUAUACAAAAUAA